CAAUUGAUCAUUGAUAACAGGUUUAAACAUUCUUGUAUAAAAUGCUUUUAUUAUUUCUUAUUUUGUGAUUGUUCAAUGAAGCAAGACACAAAACUCUUCAAUUAUUGCUGUGCCUAUCGUUUAGCAUUAAAUGCUUGACUGAUUAAGGUAAAAAUGUUCUGACCAUCUUAUUUCCACGUUCCUUUUGGUUUCUCCGGUAUAAUUCUCUCCACAAAACUAAUUUCUUUCAUAUAUAACAACUUUUGUGUGAAACUCUACCCUUUAAUGUUUGUUGAAAAAACAAAAAGCUAUUUCAGCUUUUUGUUUUUCAACAAAUGGGUAUGUUAACUUGUUUUUCAGUUACUUGCAUUACGUUCAUUGAAUAAAAGAAUACAAGAAUGAGUAAAUUUGGUAGGAUACUUUGCUGGCCUGAAUUUGUGAAAAAUUAUUUCUUUCUCAGCAAAAAAGGGCUAAUUUUCCAUCCUUGAUGUAACUCUGCAGUUUUAAUAUUUCUUCUAUACUAUUUGGGAACAGAAGAACUCCAAUGAAAAAGUAAACCCUAGGGACAGCAUUAGUUGGAGAGUUUUGUGUCCUACUCCAUUGGACAACCAAAAAAGAAAAAUAUGGAAGAUUUUUUUAUAAGAAAUUUUACACCUGUGAUUAAAGAUCAAUUAUAUAUCUUAUUUCUAAAUUGUUUAAACAAACUCCAAUAUAAAUUUAAAUUUAUUUAAAUAUAUUUAAAUGUGUAUGUAUUUUAGAUUUUAAAUUUUAAGCUACGUCAUAGCCUGAUGAUAUAGUCGAUACGAAAUGUUUCGCUAUCAAAUAUUUCAUAUUUUAAAUAUAUUGAUUCUUUUAUAUUAUGAUAAAUAUGGCUUCUUACUUACUAACAUGUUUUUAUGAUUUUGUUUUUACCUACAUAAAUAUUGAACUUGGAAAGAAUAUUUUAAAAAGAAUAUCUUAUUCAAUUAACUUUUUGUUCUUCCUUUUUACUGUUAACCAUGAAACGGUUCUGCUGUCUUCCCUCUAUUUAACUUCUUAUUACUGAAACUAUAGCCGAUAUGGUAAAAACAAUGUUUAUGUGAUGAUUUAUUGGAAUAUUUUUAUUUCUAGAAAGGAUAUGUACUUCAUUCAUGUUUUAUUUAGAUUGUUAGAACAAAGUGUAAUGUUAGGCAAUCAAAACGAAAAACAUGUAUAACGUAAUAAUAAAAAAGCAGUACUUAUUUUUAAAACUGUUUGGUUUUGAAAAGGUAAACUACAGGCAGUGAAGGACUAGUAUGUCUACUAACUCGGAUGAUGUGUCUUCAGUUGAAUAUGAACAGAUGGAAGCCAGUUUUGAAUCCAUUUUUGGCAGCAGUAAUGAAACAAUCUUUGGAGAUUUGUCCAUGACGCUAAAAGAGAUUGACGAAACUUUACAAGAACAAAAUGCCGAUCAUUUGCUCGACAAUAUUAAUGAUUCGUCCCACUUUUUGAAAGAGCUGAUCACAAAACAGCAACGUUCCCACCAGAAGAUACAAAUACAUACAAACCUUGUAUUUUUAUUUUUGGUGGUUUGUAGCCUACAGCUAGGGCCCAAAAAGUCUAAUAUAAUCAUGGAUGAUUUGAAAGCUUCGACUAAGAAAUCACAGCUAAACAACGCCGAAUCAAACGUGUUACUUAGGUCAUUAUCAUUGUCGUUCACUGACAAUUCGUCACAACUUUCGCACGAACAAGAAGUUUCGGUCAUAGCAAAAGAUAGCAUUUCCUGCCCAGCGUCAAGAAAUCAGAUGGAAGUUGAAUCGGAGUAUAGCUUAGGUAGUUAUUUUGAAGUAACAAGUACUUCUUUACAUAGACAAACUCACUUUGACGAAGCUAACUCUGGAACGACAAGUGGUUUUUCAUGCUCCGGCGAAAAUGAAUUGUUUCUACCAAUUUCUCUUGAGAUGGGUGCUGUAAACGUUAAUAACAGAAAACACAAUGAAAUUAAAUUCCUCACUGAAAAAGACAAAGCCGGCAAUUUAGUUAAUGGCGAACCUAUUAACAGACCUCUUGUGGAUAUUGGAAAUGAGAAUAUAUCUGUUGAACAGAUUAGCAAAGGAAAGAAAGAAACGUCUGUGCAUACCGCUCUGAGUGUAUCAGCAAGUAAGAUAGUAGACGAGCAAAUAAAAGAAGGAGAAGAGACAGACAAUUUACUUCUGUAUUUCGACCUAAUGUCUGCGCAUAUUCAGGAAAUGAAGCUAGAGAAAGAACGAAUGAAAUUGGAUGUUUUGGUUGCUUUGAGAACAAAAUUACAAAAUGUCUACGACGGUGAAAGCUUGGAGAAAAUACCUGCAAAGUUUGCGGAGAAGAUCAACGAUAAUUUGUGCGAAGUCAUGAUUGCAGAGGUGAUGAGAGUGAAAGAAGAAGAAGAAGCAAAGUGCACAAAGGAAAAGGAGGGAUACUUGUUGCAAAUAAAAAAAAUGUCAUCGGAACUCGCUGAACUUGCUAAAGAGAAAUGCGAGUUAAGUGUCGAGUUAAACACAUACAAAGAACAUCUGUCCAAGUUAAAAGAAUCAUUCGACAAAAGUGAUAAUUUAGAAAACCGUGUCGUAUAUUUGGAAGACUUGUUACGAAGUGUUGAGAAAGAAAACGAGAAAUUAAAAGUGGACACGUGGCAACUGAGGAAAGAAAACGAAAAGGUAAAUAAAAAGGUGAGAGACCUGGACCAUGCGUGCGAAGAUUCUUGCCGGAAAUACGACUGUUUGAAGAUGUCGGAAAAAACGAUGCGACAAACGACGCGUCAAGAGAUUGUCAAUCUGAUCGCGCAAAACAAAAAGGCCAACGACGAACUAUUUACCGUGAAAAACCAGAAGGAAAACUUACGACUAGAAUUGGAACGUGCAAAAAAUUCAAAGGAGACUGAUUUAACGAUAAUUAAACGCUUGGAGGAGAAACUAAAUAGUCAAAAAAGUUUUUUGCAGAAUAUGCACGAGGAUUCCAACAAAAACUUUGAAAAUAAUUUAAAAUUAGAAAGCAAGGCCACGGAAUAUAAGCAGAAGUUAAAGAAGUGCGUCAACGUUUUGGAGGCUGCGCGAAAGGAAAACAAAAGGUUAAGCGAUAAUGCACAUGCUCUCCAAAAUGAAAUAGAUGAAUGUCGUACGGUAAAGCAUAAUUUAAAAAUGAAAGAGUCUGACCUCAUAUUACAACACGCAAAAGAGAGAACUGAAUUAGAAAAUACCGUUAAUAAGUUGACAGAAAACGAACAUAUUUUAAAAGAAAAGCUGCAGACAUUGGAGAGAGCGAUGCAGUAUUAUAAAAACACUUUAAAAACACAGACACUUGUCACAGACACUUUAAAUUGGUCAACUCUAAGAAAAAAAAACAAAUUACUGAAAGACACCACCUCAGAUAAUUCUCAUGUAAAUUUCAUUAAACUGGCUGCUCCUCAAACAAGAGUUUUAGCUUCAUCGACAGCGAAUAUACCGCCUGUUAACUUAUCCAAAUCACUUAAUUUUCGUCACUCUUCUACAGCAAAUAGUAACACUAAUCUUGAAUCCUUUUAUGAAACAAAGAAUUCUUGGAGAAAACCACCAACCUCACCUGUGCACCACUUGCCACCUCAAAGUGGGCACAUAAACAGCUCUGAAGAACGUGUUUUCCAAUUCCACGGCGACACUGCAAACGUUGAUGGUACAAUGAUCUACGGUACAGGAUAUGUUUCGCCAUUCGUCAACAACAAACUGAAGUACUCUGAAGACGACACAAGAUUGUUUCUUAAAGAGAUGACGUAUAAGCUUGAACAUACCGAAAAUGCUCUAAAGUUGGCUGAUCAAGACGAAUACAUGUCUUCAUUACUGACGGGGAAGAAUUUGGAAGAGAGGGUUCAAACCCUCCGUUCUGAAGUGAUGCGUUUGUGAUGUAUAAUGGACGCUCAUGCCAGUACCCUUGUGAAAUUUUAAGCUCACAGUUUGCAAUUCAUUUUAGAAGAUUUAUUUUUACUUUAACUUUUACGUAUAACGUUAUAGACCUGAAAACUUUAUAUUCUCAUUUAAAAAAUGAAACAUUUUAGUGUGAUAUUCUUAAAGGUGCUACGAAACAGCCGUUGGUUUUCGCAGCCCCUUUAAAAAGAGAGAAAAAAAGGUUU